AUGGAAUCUUCCAUUGAUAAAGUAAAAGUAAUAGUACGUUAUUUUAAGCAGAGCACCACCGCUGCUGAUAAAUUAACCAAAUAUUUAGUGGACCACGGAAGUCCACCAAAACGGUUGAAACAAGACUGUCCGACCAGAUGGAACUCAACAUUUUAUAUGUUGGAAAGGUUUAUUGAACUAGAAGAACCACUGCGUGCUUCCAUGGCAGUAAUAAAUAAAGAUCUACUCGUCAUAUCUUUAGAAGAAUGGAAGGCAUUUAAAGUGCUGUGCCAGGUACUGCGACCCUUCGAAGAAAUAACACGAUUUGUGAGUGGUGAAAAAUACAUCACAGCGGGUUCAGUAGUCAUUUAUACGAGAUGUCUAGCUGAAAGCCUGAAUUUAUUGAUGCAUGACAAUGUCCUGUGUGAUGUUGUGUACUUGAUUGCAUUAAAUUAA